AUGCAACUCUUAAAAGUUUGUAAAAGAUUCUGCUCGAUCUUAUAGAAUGUGCCUAAAGAGCUUGUAGAUUUGAAACAUGUUAACUUUUUGAAGGUUAAGACAGCCUACCUUGAAUAACUAAAGGACUAAUAUAUUUUGAGUUUAGAGUUUACAAAGAGUCCAAAUGAAGCAGACGAUGCUAUGAAUAUUACGAAUAAUGUUGAACUCUAGAUCGACCCAGAAUUAACUGUGAAGGAAUUCGUUGAGAAUUGUCAAGAAUAUUUAAAAGAUAAUGUUACUUUGUAUUCAAUUGACAAAGUGCCAUUAGCAGGUGUGAAUACAAUGGAACAAGUGAUAAAAGAACCUUUCUAUUUAUUGACAAAUAAUCAGCAUCUAUUUUUUGUUAAACAAUUAUCAGGUUAUGAUAAGGACGAUUAUUCUUAUAUUAAAUCGUAUUUCACUCGUAAACAUGUACCAAUGUUGGAGAAGAAUAUUCUUAUUUAAUACUUGGUUAGAAUGGAUUAUGUGUUAUAGUAAAAUUUCAAGACAACAUUUUUCAAAAACUACUCUUCAUCUCAAUAGAAGAUAGAAUAUAAUGAUUUAGUAAAGGUGAUUCUUGAUUCUUAUACCAACAUGAGGAACACUUAAUCAGAUCAUGAGACUGACAUGUACAGUCAAUAUUUCGAGUUGAAACAAGCAAAAGAAGUAUUGGAGGAGAAAAGAAAGGAAAUUAUGGAGGCUGCAGUUAAAUUUGCAAAGAUCUAGAUGUUUGGUGGAUUUCUUGUAUUGUGUGGUCACUUCUGUUUCAUGGGUGCUGGUAUAUAUGUGUACUACAAUUGGGAUGUGAUGGAACCUAUAGGUUAUUUCCUGAAUACAGGUGGAAUGAUCUAUUUAUCCUAUCAAUAUUUCAAGUUGAAUGAUGAAUGGUCACAUAGCAAGUUCUCAAAUUAUUUGAUCAAUAAGAACUUUGUUAGGUUGAGUAGAUCCAAUAAUUUUGACAUUGAAAAGUUGAAUUAAAUCAAUAAACAAAUUUAAGAAAUCUAGGAUAGAAUCAAAACAAAUAUCAUUACAAAUUUAUGA